AUGUUUCCACUUCUACAGCGCAGUGGCACCACGGAGAACUGGCAACGCCUCGGAGGCCACCUUCAAUUGCCGUCUGAGUCUGGACAGAACAGACACUCGAACAACUUCGAGAACGGCGAGACGAGCAGCCACGGCGAGUGUUGCGGCAACGAGAAACCACAUGCGAUGCUGCCAGGACGACCAGUCCCACUGGCGCCAUCGCCCCCGUUGCCGCCGCCGCCAACGUCGAUCACGUCGACUUCAGCCUCAAAAGGUGAUGUUGUCGAAAAGCCAACUCUCGUUGUAUUUUCUGCACUCUUGCCUUUAGACGACUUUGUUGGCAUCCCCUGGCCGACCGACUCGUCAAACGACAAAUCGGGCUCGGAACAGUGCGACGAAAUGUGCGUUCGAAUCCACAAGUACAGCGAUGACACCGUCUUCUUGAGACGCAUCGACUGCCCAGACUUGAAGUAG